AUGUCGACCCGAACUCCUGCCGUGCCCGAUGACUUUCCGCACUUUGUGGCCUGGUAUGGCCGCAUUCCGGGCUUUGAGCACGCUGCCGUCAGGGUGAAGGAUUUCCAUUGCCGUGAUCAAGUCUUCCACAUGCGACAGCUUGUGGAUGCUCGGUACUACCUCAACUGGCACUAUGCCAAUGCUGACACUUACGGCGUUUCGGCAUACUUCAAUGCAGCUGAAGAGUGGCUGCGCUGUCGCCGAAUCAUGCGCUUGGCCCCAGAUGAGCGGCCGCAGGCGCUGAAGGAUUGGUUUGUUGACAAGUACCAGGUGAACAACAUUUGGGAAUAUCGCGAACCUCCAGCUGCGAUUGGCAAGCACGAGCAGCUUUGA